UGUACUUUUCGCUUGUGCAAUUCGGCGCGAAGCCGAAAAUCAUGCGAUUUGCCCUGUACCGUGUACUUUUGCCCCGCGCGAUGGCUCCCAGAACCGGCCAUUCACUUUGCAAGUCCCUGUAUAACCGAAUACAGCGUGCGUAAGCAGACCCGAAACGUCAUGCAUCAACCCACGCUGGCAAACCAAGUCGCUGGAAGACUAGCUGCUUGUGUAAUUGGCACUGAGGUAAAUACUUUCAUCUCCCUACACAUUAGGCCCAUAACGCGUGCGACCAGCAAAGUCCGAAACACUCGUUGGUGACAUUCAGAGAAUUUUCAGUCCAACACGUCUUGAGCUUGUAUCCUAAGCUAACGGCUUCGUAGGAGGGACCUAUGGGCUCGUCGCAGAGCAGCGAGCAGCGGGCCCGUCGGCAGGCUCCUGCCCCGCCCGUGCCGCCUACCUACUCGACUCAGGGCCCAGCGUAUCCACCUCCACCAGUUUAUGCGACAACGCCUGGACAGUAUCCUCCUCCACCGCCAGCUGCGCCUUACAAUUAUGGACAACCACCUAGCAUGCCUGGAGCCUAUCAGGCGCUCUACAGGCCUCCCGUCCCUACGCCAGUGCCUCAGCAGCAGCCAUACGCGCCCCAACAGUUCGGGCAGCCUCCUCGGCCCCCGGUGCAGACCCAGGAGUGCCAGACGACGGCCACCAUCCGCAACCAGGUCAACCUGAAGAAGCAGACGCUGACCCUGGAGGCCACGGCGCAGCAGGGCAUCUUUAACAUCACGUUCAGCUUCGACGCGUCGGCGCCGUGCCGGGUCACCACGUUCGUGUGCGCGCACGAGGACGUGCGGAAAGCGUGCAAGAUUACAGGCCCCUUCCCUGGCGCACCGGCGGUCAGCUACCCCAAGGGGCUCAACCACAAGUUCCCGCCGUCCUCGGUGCCGAGCGGGCACGUGGUUAACACUGUGAAGGCGCCGGCGCGGGACCUGACGUCCGUGAACAACGACACCUUCCCAGUCAUCAUCCGCCUGGAGGCUCUGAACGAGGACGUGCCCGGUGAGGCGGGGCGCAGCCUGGAGUCCCUGGAGCCGGGCUGCGAGCUGCCGCACUGGGUGCAGAGCCAGACCACGUACGCGCGGCUGGUCAAGGAGGACGACGGGUCGUGGGGGCUGCGCGUCAUCAAGCAGAAGAUCUGGGUCAAGGGGACCGCCUACGAGCUGCAGGAGAUCUACGGCAUGGAGCAGAACAAGGCGGGCGGCAGCGGCGAGGGCUACGAGGACGUGGACGGCAACGAGUGCGUCAUCUGCAUGUCCGCGCCGCGCGACACCACAGCGCUGCCCUGCCGCCACAUGUGUAUGUGCCACGGCUGCGCCAGCGCGCUCAAGACGCAGACCAACAAGUGCCCCAUCUGCCGCAACGAGAUCGAGAGCCUGCUGCACAUCAAGAUCAACAACAAGAGCCCUGCGCCGGGGGCGCCGGGACAGGCCGCGGCGUAAGGCGUUGGAGUUAUGGCUGAGGGGCGGGCGGAUGCGAACUAUGGCACGGGGCGUAGGCGCGGUGACCGUUCUGGAUUGGGCCAGGGAUGGACACAGCCGGGGGGGCCGGAGGUAAAGGGCAGCGCGAUCGUGCUGGGACCGGGUUUAGGUGAAUGAUGACUGGGGUGGCGCAUGGGUGGAUGCGGUUAAAGGAGGCUCUGGGAUUGAUCCUCAGGCUGCAGCGGGGCUGGUGGCGCCACACAGCACGUAGGAGUGACGUCAAGCGAGUACGCAUUGCGAACAUUGAGAGCGCGGUGGCUUUUGCAUGAAUGAGUGAGGCUAGGAUACGUUUACAACUGUCCUGUACUAUAGUUGCCGGCCGUGGACCGGAUUCAAGUUCCCGUCUUGCUUACCUAAGCACCUCGUCUCUGGGUGAUACUUAGACCUUAAUUGAGCAGCGGCGUGUUGUGCUGUGUAUACCCUGGCCAGAAGACCCCAUCAUUCUAACAAAUCUGGUUGAGGCUCACACAAGCGAAUCAGUCUCACUGAUACCUUUUGUGUGCAGCCUCUUAAUUUGCAUGUGAUGCAUGUGUUCAAUGUGUGGGGCUCGGCUUGACUGUUCGGUGUCGCAGCGUAGCAGUCAAUGUGAAGAUGGUACUGCCGCGCGUUUUAGGCGGCCAGGUACAGAAAUGCCGUGAGCAAGGUGAUGAUUGAUCAACAGGCCGCAAGUACGGUGCGUCGCCUUGUCGAUGGUUGCAGCUUGGCUGCAUUGCGUUGCAUGCUGGUAGUCGGGGGGCAGCCUCUUUGGUUUGAAGAACAGGUUGUGUAUGCCGGCAUCCAGGAUUGAGUCGGCAAGAGACGACGAUGGGCCCAUUACUGGGCGCAUGUAAGGUUCAGUGGUCGGG